AUGGCGGCAUUAAAGUCAAUGGGUGUGUAUCUUUUCUGGGUGUUCCAGGCGUUCUUCUUUGGCGCUCUAUCUUAUUGUGUGUGGUCAUUUCUAAACACGGAUCCUACAAAGACCUUGAGAUAUAGGGGGUGCAAGUCAAACGCGUCCAGAGAAAACUACAAUUACUCGCUGCACAAAUUCAUGCAGACGCUAGACAAACAGCAUAUAGGCGUGAGCAUUGAUACUGCUGAAGACUACAUGACAUCUGAUAUGUGGGUUUCAGAGACAGAGCAUUAG